GUACUCGCCAUUUGGAUUUCGGUCGUUUCUCGUUUUCCGUUCGCUGUGACUGACAACGCAGAAAUAAAUUUUUUGCUGUUUCUAAUUUUUAUCAGUGCUAUAACGAUUUAAUAAAAUGCCUAACCAGGUACUAAUAAUAGAGCCUCAAAAUGAGCUGAAGUUUAAAGUUAAUCUUUCAGGGCUUUUUGACCAAGGCCAUACAACUCACAUGAAGCUCACUAAUCCAACAAGUAAUAUUGUUUUGUUCAAAAUUAAAACAACUGCACCAAAAAAGUAUUAUGUCCGACCAAACUCUGGCGUUCUCGAGCCCAACGCAAAAGUGGAUAUUGCAAUCACUCCACAACAUUUCUAUGUAGAUCCUAAUGAGACCCAUAAACAUAAAUUCAUGGUGCAGAGUGUAAUUGCACCCGAUAAUAAAACCAACAUUGAUCAAGUAUGGAAGGAGACACUUCCCAGCCAGCUCAUGGAUUACAAAUUACGUUGUGUGUUUGUGUCCCCACGGGAAGGCAAUACAAAUCAGGAUGCGGGUGAUACUGCAGCCCAGAAUGAAGUUACUAAAAAGCUGGUGGCUGUAGCUGAAGAGGGCAAACCCCCAGCACCGCAAACUGUGUCUAAGGAAGAGUUAGUCAGUGUUUCAAAAUCUAUGAAAGCAAAUGUCAUGGAGGAGGUAGCAGAUGAUUCUAAUAGCAUUACGGCUUUCUCGAAGUCCGAAAACGUUGAGAAUGAUAUGCAAAAAGUAACAAGCGAAGUAAUUCAUCUUAGAGAGGAAGAGAGUAAACUACGCCACGAAAACUUGCGACUAAAAGAGGAGCUUCUGCGUUUGCAUCAACAAGUAGGAGGCGAGCACACGGCUCAACGUGGCCACUCAUACAGCCCUGAUAGGAAGGAACAGCUCUCUGUGCCAUGGUUAGGUAUCACCCUGGCUAUGGCUCUUUUGGGAAUCAUCAUUGGCAAGUUUUUCAUGUGAAUAAUAGCCCCCCCAUUUCGCGGAUUAACCCCCACAGACACGCCCACAUUACAAGGCAGCUUCGAUCUUGCAAACUUCCGCUUCAGUGCCGCAUUUGUUGAACUCAUUGCGCGUUACACGUAUUGGAUGUUGUGUUUCUAUUUGUGUGUGAUUUUGAUCAUCAUCGUCUGAAUUAGAACGAGUUAGAUGGAACGGUGGGCUUGUCGAGAGGUUAAAAUGCGACUUAAUGUUUCGAUUUAUAAUAUAUUAUUUGCAGCCAUGACCGCGUCUUCACUUAAUCAGUGUCUUGUUUAAAUAAUGUGAGAAGUUUCCGGUAAUAUGUUUUGUUUUUAAUGUUAAUUAAAUUAUAAUUAUGUUUUUAUUUUAGGGCAUAUUUAAUAAUGUUGAUACUAUUGUCCAAUGUAACUUGUAUUCAUGAUUAUGAAAAUCAAAUUGUGCACAUUAUUACUUGACUAUUCAAACCUGUUAGGUAAUGUAUGUGUAAGUCAAAAUGUAAGCUGUGGAGGAAAGUUAUGUAUAUUAAAAAACCAUAGGUAUUUCUUGAAAGGAAUAAAAAUAUCUGACUUUAUUAUUUUUAAAUAACUACAUCUUAUUAAUAAUCUUUAAUAAACAAUGCACAACAACACUAAAGUGUUUUAUUUCAAUUAAUCAUCAAAUAUCAAAAAAAUAUGUAUCCAUUGCUUUUCUCCAUGGUUAACUAUGUAUGAGUCUUCUGAAAUAAGAAGCAUCCUGCUUACUUUAUAAAUUCAUACUUUCAACAGUGCUGUCUUUAUCUUUCUUUCUAGACUUUUCACAUUUGUCCAUGCAAUAAAUAUAAACAUUUAGUGGCAAGCUAGUAUAUUCCUAAUGGCAUUAUUCUAAAUUAUACUUUGAAAGUAAGAAUUGAGAACCUUAAAAUUUUUAUUGAAAGGUUUUGUAGUCUAUAAAACAUGGUGAUUUUCUGUUUUGAGUUGGGAAACCAGGGAAGCUCAUUAAUAUUUAUACUACUUCUAUAUAGACUCAAAUUGACCAGUCAUAUGCGUGUGCAUAAUAAAUAGGCUUUCUAUCUAAACCAGACAUGUCUUCCAUUUAUUUACAAACUGUCCAUCUUCAAUAUAUAAAAUUGAUUCCCUGCUAAAUAACCUUUGACUAAAUUUGGACGCAAACUCAGCAUUAAAACGUACCAUUGUCAGUCACAGUAAAUUUAAUGUACAAAAUUUUAAUGUUGUGUUAACUCACCGAACGACAAGCUCACCUAAGUAUAAUAUUAGUCCUUUACUGAGAAAGAUGUCGCUGUCGUUUGAUUAUUAUUGUAAUAAAUUAAUUAUAGAUACAAGUGCCUUCGUAUGAGUUGAGGAAAAAUGGUUAGCUGCUGUCUGCAAAAUUUUCACUAACAAUAAACAAACGACUCGCAAAAUAAAAAGAACGAGAACAUAAUUUGUUUUGAAACUUGUGUGUACUCACGUAAACUUAUUAAUAUUUUAUCUCUCCCAUGGUAUUUUAUUACAAAUCUUAUACCCACUCUUCUAUACAUUGUCUAAAUCGAGUUUAGUUUAAGAAGAGUUUGCAAGUGGAGGUUUGGUUUGAUUCAUUUCUGUUUCCGUGUUAUAAUAUUUUUUGUGAUAUUUACUAGUAGUGUUAUAAAUUGUCUUUUCUCACUCAAAUUUUACUUAAUAUUAGCGAACCUUUUGCAUCUUAUCGGGAUAGAUAGAUCAAUCGAUAGCGACACCAAAUAUACGAUUUAAUUCUGACAAACAUUUUAGUAACAACAGAUACAACAUCAAUUUUUUUUGUUGUCAAAUGUUAAUUACAAAUAUUUAAUUUAAAUAAUGUUUUGUUUAACUACCCGAAAGCCAAAGUUAUGCCGUUUAGGCAAUAAUGUGGUUGUUCCAAUCAAUUAACGGUUUUUUAAAAUGAUGGCAAUUUAAAAAGAAAUAUAUAAAUCAGAAAUUUUUAAAUCAAUGUUAUAUUUUUUUAUUUCACAUCUUACAUUUGAUUCAUGUUUCAAAUUUCUGAAUCAAUUGUAACUUCAAUAACUCUUUAAUGUUUCUAUUUUAAUUGGCCUGAAUAGAUGUUAAAGUUUUACUGUUAAAUAUACUAAAAUGCAACAUGUUGCAAAUGCCACACAGGUGGCUUAGUAAUUGUUAACAAAAUAUUUUCUAUGAUGAGGAAGUGGAUCUUUCUAAUUUACUUAUUACAAAGAACCACUUCCUUCCAAUUGUUUUGCUAACGUGUUCUGAAGUUUUAAGAAAGAAGCCGCGGUUAAAGGCUUUCAAGUUAAAUAAUGUAUAGUGUCGAGGGUUUCCGAAGAUUUGAUGUGGCUAGUCACUUGGUAAAAUGUCAGAAAAUUAAAAUACAACCUAUGUUAUUAUGGGUUUCCCAAAUUUAAGAAAUGCCAAAAUAUUGGCUAGUCUAAGCAAGCAUUAUUCAUUUCCCAGAAGAUAAAUUGGUGAUGGAAAGGGAACUUGUAUUGGUCACGAGCAAAAGCGUUACUAAUACUAAAUAUGCUAUCACUUUAAAAUAUAUUGCAUUUGUCUUUCGUUUUGUAACUAACGUCUAAUAGUCAUACGAACAAGUACAAUAGUUAUUAAUAAUGCCACUGCCUGUACAAACAGUUCCGUAACAGCUAUCUCGUUAAUGAUAUUGCUAUAGAGAAAAUUAGUAAGCACGUAGUUUAAUAUAUGCUGUAAAAACACACGACAUUUAUUUGCAUGAAUUUUGAAUGUUUUACACGUCGUUUCUGUUUCUAAUAUAUUAUUACCCAAUUUAUAUUGGUUAUAUCGAGAAACGAUGUUCAAUAUAUAUAUAUAUUAUACAUAUAUUUAAAACGAUUCUUAUUAUGUAGUUAUAGUUUGUGUCUGAAUGUGUGAUAAAUACAUUAUGGCUUUGGAUGUAAUGUCGGUCGAGUAACUAUUCAUACCAUGUAGAAGUUCUGCGGUGUAGCACUUUAAAAAUAAAUCGUAAGAUCAGUUAUAUUUAUCUAGUUUUGAGUGAUUAUAAGCAAUCAUAUUAAGAAGUAUCGGUUCUUUGGCAAAUAUUGUUAUUACUGUAUUCUCAAAAAAUUAUAUUACCGCUUGUGAAUAUGUCGUGGAUAUUAUGUUGGGUUAGGUUAUUUGGAUUGAUAAUGAUUAAGUAAUAAAUUCUUAGGUUUAUCUUUAAGUAAAUACAGUAAUAUUUAAAUUGAAUAAAAUUUCCGUGUGGUAUUGUUAUAUUAUGCUAUAUUGUAUCGUUUUCUCAAUAAAAGACUUAAUUUAUGA